AUGUUAGAUGCAUGGUCUGCCUACUCAAAGCCGGUGCCUUCAAGCUGCAGUGAGCUCCUGACUUUAUUUCUUCAGUGCUGCUGCAUUGCUGUGCUCACAGGUGGCCUCCUCUAUAACUGGAUGUUCUCCUCGCUAGAGUAUCCAUUUCACCUCUCCUCUGCAAUUGCUGUUUCCUUCAGUCUGCUACUUCUACUGAUCCUCUUCUUGGUGCAUCCUGUCCGCUGCAUGUUCACCAUAAUCAUACCUACGUUGGGCACUAAACAAGGCCGGAGGCUUCUCUUGUCCACCUGCUUCAUGAUCGUGGCAGUUAAUAUCAUACCAAACAUCAUGGACAACAUUAAAACCAUACUGCAGGUUAUUAAAUGCAUUUGCAAGAAUUACUCAGACAGCCUUUUGAACUCAACAAUCCUAUUGGGAACAGCUUCCACGCAGUUUGGUCACCAAGUCAAAGAAGUCACUGACAACAUGGCAGAUAACUUUCUGACGCCCAGGAAUGGACAUUUUCAGUAUGCUGUGGAUCACAGUAGUUCCUUGGUGAGGGAGCAAGUACUCAUCGCUAGUCAGAAGAUCAAGGAUGAUUUCUCUGCUGUCGAAUUGCUGGUCAAACAGGCAUUGCUGGUAGCCAACAGGGUGGCUGCUGGCUUUUUCCUGUUCUAUCUCCUUUUUGAGUCCGCUUGGUAUUUGAAAAGUUAUCUCACCAACCUCCGAUUUGACAACAUUUACAUCACCAAAAAGCUGGAGGUCUUGGCUGUGGACAAGAAAGCAGCCCAUCUGCUGACACACUCACCCAAAAAACUGAUCAGAUCCACCGGCUUGAAGCUGUCCCGGGAGGAAAUGGUGGUGUGCCUGGUGCGCAUGAUGCUCCUCACUUUGGUCCUGAUGGUGACAGUGGUGAUCAUAGCAACGGACUACGUCGCCUUCCACUUAGCAGAUACAACAAUGAAUGAGGUGGUUCAGUUUCCCACGGUGCCCAUAACGCUCAACAUUAAAUACAAUGCCAAAAUAAGCAUUCUGCCCUUUAUCUCGAAAAUUUUCAAUGGAGUCAUUUCUGGCGAACAAUCCAUUGUGAACUUUGAAAGAACUUACCAGCAGAAUCUGACCUUCAUCUCUGCCAAUUGCACAAUUAAACAGCCAAGCCCCCCAAACAACUUUGUGGCCCUUGCUGUCGGAAUGCUCUAUUGCAUCAUCUAUGCCAUGCUAUUUCUGGAAACCUACGCACAACGUUUGUGCCGAAAAAUCUCUGCCUCCUUCUUCGAGAGACAAGAAGAGCGGAGAGUCCAGUACCUCUACAGGGCACUAUUAAGGAAAUACAACAAGAAGGAGCAGCAACUGCAGCAAAAGCUGAAUGCGGAUUUGUAAAUAUCCUGCAUCCUGGCAUUCCUGGGAUGUUGUGACAGAAGAUGACAGAGAUGCUUUAGGCACUAUGCCAUGACAAUCUUUUUUUGGAUAGUUCAGCCUGGGUUUUGUCUUCAAAGUCAGGGGUAGGGAAUAUAUGAAAUAUGGGCACAAAACCACAAAAAUCUCAAAAUCGGAGGGUUUUGCAUUUUGCUUUAGUGUUGCAAAAA